CCCUCCCUCUUCUUUUCUCCCCGUUCGUCCUCGCUGUAAAGCGAGAGGGAGCACGUUCUAGGCGUGACUCCGUGGUCCUCCACCGACGCACCACCACUCCCACCUGCCCCCUCUCUUUAUCCUCUCAGGGCCAAACCCUAGCUCGCCCUCCUCCUCCUUCCUCACGCGCCGCCACUCCCUUCUUCUCCCCUCACCUUUCUUUUCUCUCUGUGAGCAAAACAAAGAAGAACAACCUCACAGAACCGCCACCUCCUCUCCAUGGCGCCGCCGCUCCACUGCAUCCCCCGUCGUUCUGAGGGCACCGAAAGAUGCGCCUCGUCUUCCUCUCCAUCCCCAUGCAAGGAAUCGCCCCGGGACGCCUCAAAUCGCCGGCAAAUUCGCCGAUUCCGUUCCCAUCCAGCCGGUGUACCCCCGACGCCAUCUCCCUUGCCCCGGUUUGCUCCCAGACGCCGAAGCCAUCUCCAACCAGAGCUCCUUCACGAUGACCGCCAUGGCUGCUCAGUUUCAUCUCCGCCACGGGUUGGUUCAAGUUGCCCCGCGCCCUACUCUUGUCAUCAUCAGAACAGACAGUACAGUGAUCCCGCAGGCCCAGAUGGUUUUCUUUCAUGUGGCCUCUUCUAAAUCAACAAUAGCAGCUAGCUCAUCUGGUUCGUUCGGCCCAAUUCGUUGCAUGAGAUCCCGUGUUCAAUUCUUGUUGGAGGCGAAAUUACCUUGCCAGUCUUUUUCUGCUCCAGAUCCGCUGUUGGGCCUCGAUCUGUGUUCCUCCCGCUGCAGCCAUCACGCGCGCGGCCCGAAGCUAUCUGUCGCCGCUCGCAGGCGAGAACUGGGCCGGCCCAUGCACGCUAGACCUUCCUCUCGCCGACCAGCAUUUGCUUCUUCCCGGAUAGGAUCACGAAGUGGUGCGGUGAGAUACGCCAAGUUCUCCGGAUGUCCCUCGGCAAGCUUUAACAGGUAUGAAGAUCGGUACGAUGAAGAACGACGCUAGCAAGGUUACCCUUCCGGCUUGGCCUGGGCAGGGUUAUGGAUGCCACUUGGUUAUCUUCAGGACUCUUAGUCCAAUUUGUAUCUUGUCUGUACUCGGAUGUAUUUGAUCUUCUGUAUGAUUUGGAUCUUUGUAUUGUAUAUUUGUAUCUUGACUCGUUGGAGUCGUUGUUGUAAUAUAUGUUUCUUGUGGGCUCUA